GGAUGUUGGAGCCCCCUGGGGCAGCCCCAGGGGAGGGGCCUGCUCAGCUCAGCUGCAGUGUGAAGGAGGAGCCAGAUGCUGACAGACAGGAGAUGAUGGCUCCUCCUGACCCCCUGAUUCCGGCCCAGUCCCCUGAGAGUCGCCUGGAACAUCAGAAGCCAGCCUCUGCAUCCCUCCUCCCCACCAAGAUUCAGGAGGAGUGGGGCCUGCUGGACCCAUCGCAGAAGGAGCUGUACUGGGAUGCGAUGCUAGAGAAAUAUGGGACGGUGGUCUCCCUGGGUAUGUCGCCGCCCAGGCCUGAGGCACACACCCUGCCCCGAUCAGGGGUUCCACAUGCGGGGCCGGGAAGCCUCCCAGGCUUUCAUCCAGGAAAUGGUAGUGGGCACCCCCAUCCAUCGCAGGCACCUGGUGUGCAAGGACGGACCUUGUCCUCUGGGCCUGGGAUUGGGCCCAGACCAGGUGUGCUACGCAGGAAGCCUUAUAGGUGUGAGCAGUGUGGCUGCGGCUUCGACUGGAAAUCAGUGUUUGUCAUUCACCGGCGUGUGCACACCGGUGGGCACCUAGCCUCGGCAGUUGCUGAGAAAUUGCCUCUGAGUCCCCACGAGGCACCGUUCCGCCCCCGGCACCCACCCGUGGGCCCCUGCAGCUACCCAUGUGAGGAGUGUGGGCGCAGCUUCAGCUGGAAAUCACAGCUGGUCAUCCACUGCAAGA